UGUAAUUCAUGUUUCACUUGACAGAGAGAAGAGACAACUUGAAGCUCAUGUUCAGAAAUUGGAAUCCUCAACUGGGGACUCCAAGGUGCUACUUGAUGGCCAGAGAAAAGAGUUAAUGGCCCUAAAUGAAGCUCUUGCCAAACUACAGGAGAGAAACACUCGUCUAGAAGCCGAAAACCAUACCAUUCAUGCUGAUCUGAAGGCUCAAAAGGAAAAUGGGAACCGCGAGGCUCGGGAAUUAAAUAUUGCAAUAAAUGAAUUAAAAUCUCAACAUGAAAAUGAACGACACUACCUCAAUGAUAAUCUUUCACAAACACAAACAAGAUUACGGUCAGUGGAAGCAAGCCUGGCUGCAGCAGCUAGUGACAGAGAUUCCAUGCAGGCAAAGUGUCGUCUGCUAGAAAACACUGUACAGGAACUGCAGUCUAAGUUAUCAGACGAGAGCACUGGACGAAGACUGGCGGAACAAUCUGUAGGCACACUCAGGUUACAACUGGAGGACAUGAAAAAUGACAAGAAUGUAAUUGAAGCUCGCUUUGUGGAGAUGAGGAACCAGGUAAUGAAGGCAGAGGAGAAGUUGAGGAUAGAAGAGGAGAAAUGUGUGGCUACAUCAGCACAACUUCAGGAACUAAAUGCUAUCUCCCAUACCAAUAAAUCAACAGUUAAAGCCAAGUCGGAACAAGCAGAAAUGUUACAGAAGGAGAUUAGUAAUUUGAAACAGAUUAUAGAAACACAGAAACAGAAUCUUAAUGGUAAACUCAAAAAGUCAGCUCUAGAAUAUCAACAACAAAUUGAAAACAUUGAAGAAGAGAAGGAUAAAUUUCAGUUAUUAAAUCAACAAUUAUCUACAGAUCUUGACUCAUGCAGGGAACAUAUUGCCAGCAAAAAUAAAGAAAAUCUUAAGCUACAGGAAGAGAUAUUGGUGCUAGAGGAUAAUGUUAGAGAAUGUAAGGUGAAACAGAAACAUGCUGAGGAUACAUUAAAGAUAGAGGCAGAUAAACAAAUGGAGCUACAUGCUAGGUUUGAAGCACAGGAGGAAGAAUUGAAAAGAUUACGUAAUUGUCUAGCUAGGAAUGUAGAACAGUCGGGUGACUCUGAUAAAACCAUGUGGCAGGAGAUGAAUCGAGUAAUUCAAGAUCUGAGUCGUCAAAUGACUACACAUCUAGACUCAACAAGGGGUGGAGACAAAGAGAAGAAUCCCGAGUCCCUUGUUUCUAGGUUACGUAAACAGGUAGCGGAAGUGCAGGGUGAACUAAGUACAGAGAAAUCCCUACAUCAGAUCACUAAGACAUCGUUAGUGGCGCUAGAAGAAGAUUGUCAAAGGUUACGUAAACAGUUACAUCAUUAUCGUAGACGUGAUCCACCUUCCGGAGAAAAUUUAGAGAGUACACCAAUUAUGCCAGUAGUGAACAGAAAACACAAAAACAGAAUGGAAGCAAUCAAUGCUAUAAUUGCCAGGUCACAGUCCCAGGCGCAAGCUCUUCUGUCUUCAGGCGGUUACUUUGAUGACAGUAUGGUCAGCCCUAGAGUCCGCACACACCAGGCCAGUACCAGAGUUGGAUUUCACAGUCCACGUCAUGCAGACUCCCCGGACAAUUCCUACUGCGAAGAUUUGUCCGUUGCUAGUUUACCACCAAUGCAUUAUGGGCUUCCGUCCUCAAAAUCAUAGUAUAGGUAGUGCAUUUUGAACUGUAUAGUAGCAUAUAGCUAGUACAUACUGAAUUGUACAGUAGAGUAAAGCUAGUGCAAUCAUGAACUGCACAGUAUAGAAUAGCUACUGUACAGUAAUAUGGUCAUCAAGUUUAGUUAAUGGAUAUUGAAAUGUCUUGAUUAAUAAGUUAUUUAGUUGGUGCAUAUAAUACACAAGUAUUACAGUUCAGUGUGUUUAAUUAAUUUUAUGCAAGACAAAUACUGUGUACAUUACCAAUGUAGUUUUUCACAAUUCAUACAGUAUAGACUUAUCUCUAUGGAAUAUUGUGAAAGUAUAGCCUACACAUACUGAACUGUCAUAAAACAUUGUAUUAAACCUUACUAUGCAUUAUUUCUACAGCAGCUGAUUACAAAUUUGUAUGAUAUUUUAAGAGAAUAUAACUGCCAGUAUUUUAUUUUGAUAUUGUCAGUCAUAUGAUAUUAUAUAGUUUAAUAGAAGCAGUAACUAGAAAAACAUACAGAAUAUAUAAAUGAUUAUAUCUUUUUAUAUGUUUAUAUAUAAGUAUUUACUGUAGAAAUUAGUCACAAACAUUCCGUCCUUGAUGCUUUACAUGACUUGAUUUUCAUAAACAUUAAAUUAUAAUCAAAACCACAAUACCAGGAGAAAUUUAUAGAUUUAGUGAUAUAUUGACUGUAUAUUUUGUUUGUUACCAUGGCAAUGUAUUAUUCCUAUGAUAUGUUAGUUGUAGUUGUCCGUCCAUGAUAUUAACUUUUAUCUACAUAAUCAUACAUUUCUUUAUUAUUGUAUUUAUCACAAAUCUUGUAUGUAUAGAUGAUAUUUGUUUUCAUUGAUGUGAUAUAGUUUAUAUUUCACUGAGGCUAUAAAAUAUUAAAAUAUUCUCAAAUAAUAAAAGUUAUAGGGCCAAUAAAGGGAGAUGUUAUAGGAAAAUGUGAAAACCAAACACAUUUUCUAUUCAUGCUAUUAUUUGGGCAACAAGUGUUCAAUACAUGUAACCCUCCCUUUGAUGCCAGAUUGAAAUAAACUUAAAUAUUAUUAUUGCAAUGAGGUACCUAUAUGUUUGAGUUUACAAAAUAAAUCAAUGUUUAGUUAAGUAUUAUUUUGAAUAAUAAAGGAAUCUGAAUUAUAAAUAUUUAUUUGAUAAGAAAACAGAUGAAUAAUAUAAUUUAUAUAGUAAUAUUAGAAAGAAAACAAUACAGAAUUAAACCAUUAGCACUGCAGAAAUCACCUAAAAACAAGACUCCUCAUAUAUUUAAAGGAACAGGCCUACUCUUAUAUUUUUAUCAUACUAUAUGAUGUUAUCUGCAAUAUUUUAAUGUCUGAAGAUUAAGAAACUAAGAUAUCUGGGCAUUUUUUGCAAUAUAUUGAAAUAAAGCAGUAAUAAAUAUGUGUUCAUUACCAUUUAAGACAUUCUUAUCAUACAUUACCAACAGCAAUUAAGUUAAUUCAUUAUUCUAGUUGUACAUUCCUGGGUCUGUCACAAACAUUUUCAUGAUGAUUUGGUUUAAAAAUGAUUAUGUUCUAAAUGAUAAUGUAUAAUUUGCAUUAGUUUUUCAAAGCCUAUAAUCAAAUACCUGGAUUUUCAUGCUGUUGUUGUUGUUUUUGUUGUUGUUGUUGUUCUAUUUUUAGGGGGGGGAUGGAAAAUUAAGCAUUUACUUGCAGAAAACAGAAAAAUAUGAGUAUUGAUUAAAUUAUAACUUUUAAGGAAACUGCCCUUUAGUUGAUGACUGAUAUAAUAUUGUAAUCUCACAUAAAACCUAACAAACAAACAAACAAUGCUAUAACAUUAAAACCUUAUUUAUCUAUCCAUAUAAAUCCAGCUGAUUUGAUGUAUUUUAUGUAAUGUAUAUUGUAUGUAUGUUUUAUUUCUACACGUUUCUGUGAUACACAUUUUAAGCACACACCAAAAUUGCAUUUGGAUUUUUUUAAAGAUAUGUUUUAAAACAUACUUAUUGUAUUUUGAUUGUAUAAUAGUGUGAUAUGUUUGUUAUCUGUGAUUUGAAUCUAUUUUGUCUACUGAUUUAUAAACAUUCCAGAUAUUUAUUGAAAAAAAAUAUGUACCCAUAAACGAAUACUACUGAUUUUUUUGAAGAUGAAAAAUAGAUAAAGAUCUUGUAACUCAAAUUUUUUAUUGUUAUAACAUAAACGCGAUGCUCAAAUGAAGAUUCAUCAAUAUUGUAAGUUCCAAAAAGCAGUUUUUGUAAAGAUAUUACCAAAUUUACAUUUCAUGUAAAUAAAGGGAGAUAAUUAGAAAUUUAUUUUCUAUAAAGUCUUAGCCAAAAUUUUCAGUAAGAAACAAAUGCAUAUAUUUUAAUGAAUAUAUACAUAUAUAUAAUGCAGAUAAACAUUUGCACUAAUAUUUAACAUAUUCUUGGAUGUUUGAAAAUUGUUUUAGCAGCAUAAUUUUAUACAUACUUAAAAUUUCACUUAAAUGUUGUUACAUCCUGAAAUACUACAUACAGGAGCUUUAAGACAUACUAACUGUCUGUGAGGAAAAUAAGUCUAUCCGGGUUUUUUUAUCAAUAUUCAAUACUUUUUGUUAAUUCCUACAUUAUCAGGUCUCUUAUUUCAAGCAGUGAGAAAAGUUGAGCACACUGUCUUCUUGAGAGCUCUUGUUUCAAAAGCUUGUUCAUAUUGAAAUAGAAAAAAAUCCAAUAGGCAAAUUGUUCUAUACAAAAGUUUUAGUAGAAUAUAAAAAUGUUGAAAUUUUAGAACAGAAUGAUGUAUAGAUGUUUUCUUCUUUUUAAAUGUAGUAUAAUGUACACAUGUUAUUCUUUUCAAGUCUUUUAAAAAACUUAGUUCAAUAGGGAAAUAGUUUAGUGAAGAGGUAACAAACAAACAAACAAAAAGAAAACACAAAUGAAAUCAAAAUGAUAUUUUUAUUUUAAUUUUGCUCCUCUGCUACUACAUGAAGUAACAAAUGAGGAAAACUCUAAAAUGUCAAAGAAAAUGUUAGUAAGCAAGGCUCACUUCAAGCCUUAUAUACAUUGUAUGAUAAAAUUGUAACUUUAUUCAAAACUUGUGCUUCACUCAAAACCAUAAUUUCUGAAACUCUCGUAGUAAGAUUUAGUUACUCAUAAAUGAAAUCAUUCUUUCUUACAGAUUAUAUAAACCAAUAUCUGUAUUAUAUAACAUUAUAAAAUAUUUAUAUACAAAUUACAGCAUUAAACUGACUCAAAUUCUUGCCAGUAUGGUUGUUCUGUUAGUUGUUGUUUAUAUGGCUGUUUGUCUAUUUUCACAAUCUAUUUUCAUAAUUUUAAUUUCCCAAAAACUGAAUCACUCCAUUUUUCAAAAUUAUUUCAAUAAAGUUUUACAAUUGAAUUGUAUAAUAUUUGUACAAGUAUAUAUGUUGUUCGUUGUCUAUUUUAACAUUAUAAAUAACAUCAAAAUAUUGAAUCAUUCCAUUUCUCAAAACCUAUUUCUAUAUAGUAUAAAUAGUUGUAUUUUAUGGUAUUUGUACCAAUAUAUAUGUUGCUUUUUGUCUAUUUUUCACAUUUUAAAUUAAAGUAAAAUUCUGAAUCAUUUCAUUUUUCAAAAUUUAUUUUCAUAUAGUAUAACAGUUGUAUUUUAUGAUAUUUGUUCCAAUAUGUAUGUUGCUCUUUGUCUAUUUUCACAUUUAAAAUUAAAGUAAACUUCUGAGGGAUGUUGCACGUAUUCAUUAUCCCUAAUGUACAGACUCAAUCAAACCGAGUCUGCAGUUCUCUUGUAAUUUUGUUGUUAUUAAUGCUUGCGAGGGAUCACUUUAUUUCCAGAUAUUUUUUCUGAAUCAUUCCAUUCUUCAAACCUAUUUCCAUAUAGUAUAACAAAUGGAUUUUAUAAUAUUUGUACAAGUGUACAUGCUGCUCUCUGUCUAUUUUCACAUUUAAAAUUAUAGCAAAAUGCUUAAUCAUUCCAUUUUCAUUUAUUGCAAAACUCUUUUCCAUACAGUAUAUAUCAAUUGUAUUUUAUAAUAUAUGUACCAGUAUUUAACUGUAAUUCUAUUAUGCGAAGCUGAAUAAAGC